CUAAUAUCCAACCAUAAACAUUAAAAAGAAAUUUGAGUAGUGCUCUUAAAAAAAAGUUACUUAGAAGUCCGUAUUCACAAGUGCGAGCGCAUCUUUUUGUCCCAAUACGGGGGAAUGCAGAUCGUUAGAGAAGUCCUCUGAGGCCUUUUGCUUUCGGCUCCAAAAUUUUACAGAUGCCACCCUAGUCAGGCGGCGUGUAUAGAAUACUUUAUCUUGAACAUCACGCGGCUACCGCCUCUAUCUUCGUCGGGGUCCUGGAGCCUCUAAGGAUUAUGCCUUUGGAUGCGACCGACACGGAAACCCUGAUUGUCGGGAGAACAGGCGUUUCGAGGUUAGAGUUUACGUCGCAAGCCCCCCUCUGUCUCUCCAAGCUCCCCUCCUCGUCCUUCUUAACACAACCGUGCCACUAAUCCGCGGGCACUAAAAGAGACGCCGCUGCUGCGUGGCACUCAGAUUACGCGCGAGGCGGAGAGCGAUUGUUUAAGUAUGGAUCGACGGGAAGAUUGGGGACCCAAAGGAAGCCGAAUCUUCGCACGUCGUCUAACUGAUAAUAGCCUUCUCGGUCCCUUUCUGGCUCUUGAAUUCCUAAGCCACGGCGGAAAGCUGGUACUCAUUCUAACUCCGUGCUGUCUGAGCUGGAUGAACUUAAAACUGCUCCUGCUUUCAGAAAGCCAGAAGUGUUCGUUACUGCCAUGGCUAAUACAUUAUUCAGUUCAGACCGGAAAGUGUGCGCCGACUGUUCAAGGAGACACAAGAGAAGAGUGUUUUACGGACGCCAUUUUCGUCAAGUCUCGGAGCUAAACCUAAGUUUUCUUAAGCAAGUUCUACCGGCUGAGGACGCCCAGCGCGUAAGCCCUGGAGAUGUUCUGUGCAAUAACUGCUACACAAUGUUCUUGGGUCAGAUUGAAGAACAUAACCAAGGACAGGAAAUGUUGUCAUCAAGCUCAUCGUCAUCAUCCCUGAAACCAGCGGACAGAUCAUUCGUUGACGAGGAAGCCCUGGUCCAAGGAGUGUCUGAAGCAAUUGAUGCUGCCGAAGUAAGUGUGACACCACUUAAACUCCCUUCUAGCGUGACCCCACGAAGUCGUACCGGCUAUGUUAAGCGAAAAAAAUCCGAGAUAACCGCGGACUUCAAAAAGAAAAUUGGUCGUAAACUAAGUGACGUGUACGGAGAACCUACGGGCACAGACAAAGAAGAUCCAUGCUCCUCGUGCUCCGACUGGGUCAGCAAUUUACGAGCAGCCUACGUCAAGAGCGCGUCGCAGCUAGAACGCUACCGCCUCUUAACUCUCUUUCCAUCUAACCUCAAAAAGAAAGAUAUCCUGAAAGCAAUUCCUGAAGUGACGAAGCAUGCUUUGGACCAAUCAAGAAAGCUGAAAAAAAAAAUGGGGGUCUGGGCGUCACCUGACCCAUACCAAGGACAUGCUCUCAACGAAAACGAUGUCGCUCUUGCGUUGACUUACUACACAUCAGAUGCAAAAGACUGCUCAAGACAAAGCCCGAACAAGAAGGAUGUCGUGAGGCUUUUUAUUGAUGGUCAGGAAGUCUUCGUCACGAAGCGAUUUAUGACGAGAUCUAUUAGGGAAACCUACAAAGAAUUCAAGGCGGCCAAUCCCGAGUCAAAAAUGGGCCUUACAAAAUUUUAUUCUCUUCGGCCCAAGUGGGUUAAGAAACACCCUGUACAUGAAGAGUGUGUGUGUGUAUGCUGCGCCAACUUCAUACUCUGACAUCUCUGUCAAAUGCGGCGGGGAAGACCAUGACCUUUGAAGACAUCCAGAAAAUGUUUCUUUGUGAAAAUCCUUCCCAAAACUGCUUCUUGCUGAGGUGUGAAGCCUGUUCGAACCGGAAGGACAUAUCCCUCGAGAUGCUAGGGAUGAGCGCUGAACAUGAACUGGAGUUGGCACUGUGGGAAUCUGGUGGCGAGUUGGUGAAAAAACAUUUGGAGGCCACUGCUUUUCUUAACGAACUCAACAAGUGGACGAAGAAAUACAUACCCCACUAUUAUAUUCGGCGCGCACAACAGAGAGCAAUAUGGCUUGAAAAAGCAAAUGUGAAGCCACGUGUCGUAGUCCUCCACUUUGAUUUCGCCGAAAACUGGAGUAUUGUGCUCCAACGUGCAGUGCAGGGAUACCACUGGAAAACCAAGAUGGUGACAAUCUUCACCUGCGUUGCGACGACCACGAAGGGAACACUAAGUUUCGGCGUCGUGAGUGACGAUACCUGUCAUGAUUCUGCACACGCGCUCUUUGCGCUCACAAUGAUUGAAGACAGGCUCGAGGAACUCGUGCCCGUUUUUUUGGAGCUGAUCUAUGUUUCGGACGGCGCUCCAAGCCAUUUCAAAAAUCGGCACCAAUUACACGAAUUUCAGAAGAAGUUUGUCGUCAGCAGGUGGAUAUACUCGGCGUCAGGGCACGGCAAAAGCGCGUGCGAUGGAGUGGGUGGUGUGCUGAAGCAUCAUGCGUCACUGCAUAACUUGAAAACAACUGAGCUGAGCUCCAUAACUAACGCGCGUACGUUCGUUGAAGCUCUCGGCCAGGAAAUCAAGGGGAUAACGCUUCUCUUCAUCGACCAAGAGGAGCUGUCCCGUUAUCGGGAGCUUAAAAGGAAGGAGUGGGAGAAGGUAACCCCAUCGAAAGGCAUCCAAUCUUCUCAUGUGUGGAGCAAAGCAAUGGGGGAAGGGGGAGGUGAUGUGGUCCUAGAAAGAGUUUACCAAACCCCAGAAUAGACAGAGCUAAAUGGUGGGACCGUGAAAAGGCCGGACCGUUUCAACAGUGCGUUCAUCCUUGUCCCCCUGUGAGUGCGCGCUGUGUGAUCAGACGACGCGCCAUAGACUUUGACACUGAACUGACUGCAAUUUGGACAAAGCGAAAACUGGCUCAGAAUCGCAUCAACCUAUUGUCUCGAAAUGUGCUACGUCGAAAGAUGACUAUCCCUAUCCCAGGUGUUUAUCACUGUUUUUGUGUGAGCAGCGCCGUGUAUAUUAUUGAAAAGGUACUGCGUCGUCUAUCCGUAAACCAGACGGAAUUUGGCGGUGUUCAAUUCGUUUUAAAGUUUAUAUUUGUAUUAACUUUGAGUGUAUUUUAUGUUAAUUAGGAGUAUAUGAGACAUUUGGUCAACACAUUUUGAUAUAUUUUAUGCAAUGAACAUGUUUAGGCUACAACAUGAAAUAUUACUUCCCUUCUCUGGUUACGUGUCGCAUCUUGAGUUUAAAAUUCCGAACUUUAUAUGUAAUUGUCAUAUUUUCUUAUGUCAAACAGAUAUGCAGUGCAUAUACAUAUGUGCGAUUUAGUAUCUGACGCUUAGGAAGUACGGUCUAUUUUGUGCACAUACGGGCUCUUUCGUAAAAUAACGAGCAUUUCGUGGCGUGUAAGUCUUCAAAUGCGUUAGUCAUGUGUUUAGGUUUCAUUUCUAUUUGCAGUGAUUCAUGCCAGGUUACUUAGACGUUUCCCUCGUGACUUAAGUUUGUCCGUGAGUUUAGAUGUUACGUACUUCUCCGUCAAUACAUAAGGCGAAGCUCACACACCUUUCAAAUCACCCCAGUGCCAAGUAAAUAAAUGUUGUAAGG